AUGGCCUCGGGUAGUAUCUACAAAAAAGUUUCAGGGGACUGUCACAAACAGGGUCUUACUGAGGGCCUCCUGCUGCUGCUCUGUGGCCUUGAUGAGCCCGUGGGGCUGGUUCCUGCGGCUCCUCCUGGCCAGUUGUCCACUGCAGAUGGCGGCGAGGGAGACGGUGAAGGUUGGCUCCCGCCUGUCUGGGCUCUGAUCCUCCGUCUCCCCCUCCCCCUGCGGCCGGCUCAUGGCCUGGCGGAGGCCCGAACCAAAGACCUCCGCACCGCCGUGUGCAACGCCGCCCGUGACGGCAAGCUGCAGCUGCUCCAGAAGCUGCUCAGCGGCCGGAGCCGGGAGGAACUGGACGAGCUGACUGGCUAGGUGGCCGGCGGGGGGACGCCGCUGCUCAUCGCCGCCUGCUACGGCCACCUGGACGUGGUGGAGUACCUGGUGGACUGGUGCGGCGCGAGCGUGGAGGCCGGUGGCUCGGUGCACUUCGAUGGCGAGACCAUGGAGGGUGCGCCGCCACUGUGCGCUGGCCACCUGGACGUGGUGCGGAGCCUGCUGCGCCGCGGGGCCUCGGUGAACCGCACCACGCGCACCAACUCCACGCCUCUCCGCGCCGCCUGCUUCCAGGGUCUCCUGGAGGUGGUGCGCUACCUGGUCGGCGAGCACCAGGCCAACCUGGAGGUGGCCAACAGGCACGGCCACACGUGCCUCAUGAUCUCGUGCUACAAGGGCCACCGUGAGAUCGCCCGCUACCUGCUGGAGCAGGGCGCCCAGGUGAACUGGCGCAGCGCCAAUGGCAACUUGGCCCUGCACAACUGUGCCGAGACCAGCAGCCUGCAGAUCCUGCAGCUGCUGCUGGGGUGCAAGGCCAGCAUGGAACGUGAUAGCUACGGCAUGACCCCGUUGCUCCCGGCCAGCGUGACGGGCCACACCAACAUCGUGGAGUACCUCAUCCAGGAGCAGCCCAGCCAGGAGCAGGUCACAGGGGUAGAGGCUCAGCCUGGGCUGCCCCAAGAAGGCUCCUCCACCAGCCAGGGGUGUAGGCAGCCUCAGGCUCCGUGCUGCAUCUUCUCCCCUGAGGUACUGAACGGGGAAUCUUACCAAAGCUGCUGUCCCACCAGCCGGGAAGCUGCCGUGGAAGCCUUGGAAUUGCUGGGAUCUACGUAUGUGGAUAAGAAACGAGAUCUGCUUGGGGCCCUUAAACACUGGAGGCGGGCCAUGGAGCUGCAUCACCAGGGGGGUGAGUACCUGCCCAAACUGGAGCCCCCACAGCUGGUCCUGGCCUAUGACUAUUCCAGGAAGGUCAACACCACCGAGGAGCUGGAGGCGCUGAUCAACUACCCCGAUGAGAUGCGUAUGCAGGCCCUGUUGAUCCGGGAGCGCAUCCUCAGUCCCUCGCACCCCGACAGUUCCUAUUGUAUCCGUUACAGGGGCGCCGUGUACGCCGACUCGGGCAAUAUCGAGUGCUACAUCCGCUUGUGGAAGUACGCUCUGGACAUGCAACAGAGCAACCUGGAGCCUCUGAGCCCCAUGACCACCAGCAGCUUCCUCUCCUUCGCCGAACUCUUCUCCUACGUGCUGCAGGACCGGGCUGCCAAAGGCAGCCUGGGCACCCAGAUCGGCUUUGCAGACUUCAUGGGGGUCCUCACCAAAGGGGUCCGGGAAGUGGAAUGGGCCCUGCAGCUUCUCAGGGAGCCUAGAGACUCGGCCCAGUUCAACAAGGCGCUGGCCAUCAUCCUCCACCUGCUCUACCUGCUGGAGAAAGUGGAGUGCACCCCCAGCCAGGAGCACCUGAAGCACCAGACCAUCUACCGCCUGCUCAAGUGCGCACCCAGGGGCAAGAACGGCUUCACCCCUCUGCACGUGGCUGUGGACAAGGACACCACAAACGUGGGCCGCUACUCCGUGGGCAGAUUCCCCUCCUUGCACGUGGUCAAAGUGCUGUUCGACUGCGGGGCCGAUCGGGACAGCAGGGAUUUUGACAACAACCCGCUACACAUAGCAGCCCAGAACAACUGCCCGGCCAUCGUGAAUGCCCUGAUUGAAGCAGGGGCCCACAUGGACGCCACCAACGCCUUCAAGAAGACGGCCUACGAGCUGCUGGAAGACAAGCUGCUGGCCAGGGGUACCAUGCAGCCCUUCAACUAUGUGACCCUGCAGUGCCUUGCAGCCCAGGCCCUGGAUAAGAACAAGAUCCCUUACAAGGGCUUCAUCCCGGAAGAUCUGAAGGCAUUCAUCGAACUGCACUGACCUGCCCAGAACACCUGCACCCUCACCUCUCCCCUCUCCUGCUGAGACGGGGGAAAUCAGGCUGGGGUAUAGCAGAUACUCGUUCUUGCCUCCUUCAGGCACCAAUCAGGAGAAGGUUUCUGCCUCCCAUCCCCUUUACCUGAAGACAGGGUCUGAGGUGUUAGCGAGCCUUUGGUGCUAGAAGCCUUCAGGGUCACAUGCUAAGAGGACAGUCUUUCUCUGGGAGCCCACUGACUCAGAAAUUCUGAGUUAGGAAAAGACACAAGACCUUCCCCACAUCCUGUCUGCCUGGGUUACAGAGGCCUUUGCCUUGUUACCUAGAGGUGGAGGGACUGAAGCCAUUGCGUUCCUUCCCUGCUAGAAACACAGGAAGAAGUUGAGGACGGUCUGCCUUCCCUUGUCCUUUUACAUGGCCAGGUAACUCCCCCUGCUGAAUACAGUGUUAGGACUGGGGGCUCCCGAGAUGAGAGUUUGAAAGUCAGGGAAUGAAACCACCUCUCAUUUCUUCCAGCAUGAUCACGACCUGCUCCUGUGCCACCGUAGUCCCUGGCAGACAGGCAGGGCUCUGCUCAGGGCAGCCUGCCACUUGCAUAGCUUUUGGUUAGUUUGGUGUUCUGUUUAUUUAAUAAGUGGGCAGGUUGCAAGCAUUGCACAGAAAUUGUGAGAUUUUACUGCCUUUUUUUUUUAAAGAAAGUUGUUUGUUGGACUCCAUAAGUGAAUUUCAAACAGUGAGGAUUUUGUAGUGCCUGAGAUGGCUGAGGCCACAGGGAGUGAGCUGUAUGUGUGAGGAAGUUGGUGAGCGAGAUAAAAGUCCAUGGUGUCGACCCCUAAAACAUGGGUGACCGUACAUUUUUAUACAUCUCCACUCUACGGCCUUUUACAGGCUUUCCAAUUGUACAGGCCUUUCCAAUUUUCCAUUCUCACUGGAAAGAGAACUGUGCUUCCAAACAGAAAUCAGGAGUGACCACAAAGCCUGACAACACUUUGCCACCCAGCAAGAACUGGCACAAUUGGUUUGGGUCUGCAUUGCCAUAGUGCCCGAGUUAAAACUACAGGCCACUCCACCUUGCAAACCUCACGUGGCCUCUGAUUUCAUUGUGGGUGCAUCCACAGGUGGCGCUAGCUCUUUUUUCAGCUGCUCCGAGGAUUGGGACCCAAGUCAUCAUGAGAAAGGCCCAGGUACAGUCUUAAUGUGAAAAAUCCACUAGCUAAGUCGUUGAGUGCCAAGACCAGCCUUCUAGCCAAGGUUUGGACAAAGUCUCAAGUUCCCAUGACUCAGGGUAAGGUGCUGGGGCUGCCAGAGGACCUGCCCCAGCAAGAUUUUUCUCAAGAGUGAGACUCCAUCAGCCCGGGCAGACGGGAGCAGGUUCUUGGCCUAUGUAGACAGCAGCAAACAGCAGAAGGGAAGCCAUUCUCACUACAUCCUCCCUGCAGUAGCCACAGCCAGGCCCUUAGGAGGAGCAGCAACCGGGGGUGUCCAGAAACAUCCUGUCCCUGGAUGGAAACUAGGUCUUGUUUGGAUUUUUUUUUCUUUUUUUUGCCGUGUUAGUUAGGAAAUUAUUUAUUAAUUUACAAGACAGGUUUUAUCUCAGCCAAGGAGGGAAAUGACAUCCCUGUCCCUCCCAAAGCACAGAGCAGAGAAAUGAGGCUGUUUACAUCGUGAGUCUCCACGCUGGUGUUUAAGUCAUUAAAAAGAUAUUUGAAAAAAAAGUCUCUAAAUACAGGUUUAUGGAAUAAUUCAUAACAGCUUUAAGGAACUAUCAUGGUACACUGGGAAAGUCACUGAUAUUGCAGGAUAGAUUUCUUCUGUUGGCUGGUGAGCAUUUGUUUAUAGUCGGCCUUGACUCUACCACAAUUUUAGAAGUAGUUCUUUUAUUUCUUUAAAAGCAACAUUUUGGGACAAAAUAUUGUGAACACAUAAGGAAUACGACUAUAUUUGUGAAACCCCUUGUUAAUUUCCAAGUGAUAUUUUAAAUCUUGAAUAAGACAUGUACGCUCAUAAAUAAAGAGGAAAAAGAAAUAAUUAAAUCAAUGUUCCUAAGAGCUUCUCAGAAAAUAAGAAAGAGAUAAGUGAUAGAACUAUAAUCUACAAUCUACCCUAACAGUAUAUUUGCAUCACUUCUUAAACUUUGUUUAGUAUUUUAACACGCUAUUUCUUAUUAUAUGUGAAGAAUGCUGUGAGGUAGCAUGUCAAUGUUUUGCAGAUUAAUAAACUGAUGUUAAAAGAGGUUAAGUGACUGAUUUUGUACUUUCAUUAUCUCAAAAGUGCAACUAAAACUGCACUUAGGAUUGCCACUCCUGUCGGGGGCCAUGGCUUUGGUCCUAUUUUCUGCAAGUCUCUGGAUGACGUCUGUCC